AUGGCGAGGGCAGAUCUUAUAGAAGACAGUUGUAAGAAUACUUACAAUUAUACACUCUGCGUAUCAACAUUGAGGUUAGAUCCGAGCACUUCCAGUAGUACUAUUAAUGUCAAAGGGCUUGCAUAUGUGAUGCUUAAGGUGCUUAAUGCAAAUAAUACAGAGAUUCUUGCUAAAGUGAGUCAUCUACUUAAUACAACCAAGGAUGCAUUAGCUAUACAAUGUCUCCACCAAUGCUUCUCAGACUAUAUGGUGAGUAAAGAUUUCAUUGGAAAUGCUCGUAGCUAUUUGGAUACAAAUAAUUAUGGUGAAGCAAAUGGUGAAAUGGCAUUUGCGGCUGAUCAGGCAAUCGAUUGUGAGUCUGCCUUCACUGGACCCCCAAAUGCAAUCAAGUCACCAUUGACCAUCGCAAACGAUGUUUUUGAGUAG